AUGUCCAAAGGGAUUUCCAAGGUUGUAAUCCGGUGGUUGCAUGCCAUAGGAUGUCAGUUUUUAAGCGAUUUUCCAGAAGAGAAAUCAUGUCCCUUUCUUUAUACGAUAUCAGGGUUCUUAUUAACCAGUGUCAUUUUAUGGCUAACCACUAAUUGUUUACGUUCAUGUAUAUUCGACAAAUGGUAUCUAAAAUCUGCUAAGUUUGCUGUAGAGCCUCCAUCAGAAAUUAGGGAGCAUUGGUCAAAUCCAGACUCUACAAAGCAAUUCAAGAGUGUCGACUUCAAGACAGAAAUUCCAUCUAAGUGUCCUGCUACGGGUCAAUUUUUGGGUAAAUUCAAGUCUAUGACUCCUCAAGAUAUAAAUGAUAGAAUUAAGAAGGCGGAAGCAGCGCAACUUGAAUUUGCUACUGCAUCAAUUGAAAGAAGGCUACAUAUUCUCGUCACUUUAAGAGACUAUAUUUUAAAAAAUCAAGACAUGCUUGCACGUGUGGCUUGCAGAGAUUCCGGGAAGACCAUGCUAGAUGCAUCAAUGGGUGAGAUAUUAGUUACCCUAGAAAAAUUAGCAUGGGUCAUAAAACAUGGACCACAAGUGCUAAAAACUGAUAAACGUCCUGGACCCACUAAUUUUUUCAUGAAAUGGUACAAAGGUGCAGAAGUUAGAUAUGAACCUCUAGGUGUCGUUUCUUCCAUUAUAUCAUGGAACUACCCAUUUCACAACUUGAUGGGACCUAUUAUUGCGGCUUUAUUCACCGGUAAUUCCAUCGUAGUAAAAUGUUCAGAGCAGGUUGUUUGGUCCUCUGAAUUCUUCAUCGAAGUUAUAAGAAAAUGUUUAAAGGUGUGUAACGAAAAUGAGGAUUUAGUUCAACUAUGUUACUGUCUACCUCCCACUUCCGAUGAUAAAUCUGCCAAUUAUUUCACCGAACAUCCUGGCUUAAAGCACAUAACAUUUAUUGGUAGUCAAUCCGUUUCCAAGUCAAUACUUGAAUGUGCUGCAAAAUCAAUAACACCCGUCGUAGUCGAAUUAGGUGGAAAAGACGCUUUCAUAGUGCUUGAUUCUGUUAAGGAUCUGGAUAAAUUAUCUUCCAUUAUUUUAAGAGGAACAUUCCAAUCUGCUGGUCAAAAUUGUAUUGGGAUUGAAAGAGUUAUUGUAUCUUCGAAGAACUAUGAUACGUUGGUGUCAAUCUUAGAGAAGCGUCUGAACAAACAUGCACUCAGAUUAGGUUCUAACAUCGAUGAUGAUGAGACGAUUGAUGUAGGUGCCAUGAUUUCAGAUAAUAGAUUUGAAUCACUGGAAUCUCUAAUUCAAGAUGCUGUGAACAAAGGUGCAAGACUAUUAAGUGGUGGUUCACGUUACAAACACCCAAAAUAUCCAAAUGGCUGUUUUUUCAAGCCAACACUUCUUGUAGAUGCGAAACCUAAUAUGAAAAUUGCUCAAAAUGAAGUUUUUGGCCCAAUUUUAGUAAUGAUGAAGGCGAAGGAUACGGACCACUGUAUUAAACUAGCUAAUUCUGCUGCAUUUGGCCUGGGAGGUUCCGUAUUUGGUAAUAAUUACGAAGAGUGUAACUAUGUUGCAAAUAAAUUAAAAACUGGUAACGUUGCUAUUAAUGAUUUUGCGACGUUCUAUGUUUGUCAAUUACCAUUUGGUGGUAUUCAUGGUUCGGGUUAUGGCAAAUUUGGCGGAGAGGAAGGCUUACUAGGCCUCUGCAAUGCAAAAAGUGUCUGUUAUGAUAAACUACCCUUUAUUUCAACACAGAUUCCUCCUCCAUUGGACUACCCGAUAAAGAGUAAAGAUAAAUCAUGGGCUUUUGUGAAAGCGUUCAUAACAGGUUCCUAUUGCACUUCAGUAUGGCAACGAAUCAAAUCAUUACUGUCUUUGGCCAAAAAUUCUUAA